UCAGGUAAAAAGAAAGAUUUGAUAUUAGUAGUAUUCUCUAACGUUAAUCAGAUACCUCUUCUUCUUCCAGCUCUGUCCAUAAGAACUCCUUGUUGUCAAGCCCUCAAAGGUCAACUUCCAAGACAUUCGCUCCUAUCAAGAUAAAAAAGACAAAUAGCAAUACACUAGACAUGUUCCUAAAGCGAACUGUAGACGUUAAGCCUAAUGUCACUACACCUACUGAAACCAUUCGUGGCGAAGCUGCUCAGGCAGCUAUAGCUAAAGUCAAUCGAUCUGCAUUGAAUGGUAGGCCCACAAUGAAACGAACUGGUAGCUUCACUUCAAGUGCACAAGCAACCGAGCGACAAAAGAAAAAGAAAAUGGAGCCAUCUAUGCUCUCUUCACAACAGGAAACUACAGGCACUGUCAUUUUAAGAAGAAACAAUAAUAUACCAAAUACAGAAGAAACGACACCUCGUACUUCCAUGAAUAGAUAUCUUGGUACCAAUCUUUUUGCUGAUUUUGCAGAGACAUGUCCUGUAAGGAGCCUAUGGAUAUCAAAUAUCAAAUACUAAUGGUUUUAUAGUCACCUUCUACCAGAACAAAUAGAAAUAGUGAUCAAGUCCAAGUACCGAAGACACCCGAGAUUACACCUGUGCGUUAUAGAAAGAUCAUGAUGGACCGUACACCGCAUCGUCUCGAAGAACCAGAAGGCGGAAUUAUAGAGGAUUUCAAUCUCCCAGACGAGCCAACAUCCAAAACUCCAUAUACACCUCGCACAGCAGCCA